AGGCGGAGAGGGCAGCCCGGGGGCCUUCGGCAGCGGCGGCGCAGGCGAGAGCAGCGGCGGGAGCGGAGCCGGGGCAGCAUGGACACCGACCUGUACGACGAGUUUGGGAAUUACAUCGGGCCCGAGUUGGACUCGGACGAUGACGACGAUGAGCUGGGCCGGGAGGCCAAAGACCUGGACGAGCUGGAGGAUGAUGAUGAUGAUGAUGACAUGGGAGAACAUGAUGAGGAGCACCCUGGCAUGGAGGUGGUGCUGCAUGAGGACAAGAAGUACUACCCCACAGCUGAGGAGGUCUAUGGGCCUGAGGUGGAGACCAUCGUGCAGGAGGAGGACACACAGCCACUCACGGAGCCCAUCAUCAAACCUGUGAAAACCAAGAAGUUCUCCCUGAUGGAGCAGACACUGCCAGUCACUGUCUACGAGAUGGAUUUCCUGGCAGAUCUGAUGGACAACUCGGAGCUGAUCCGGAAUGUGACUCUGUGUGGGCACCUGCACCACGGCAAGACGUGUUUUGUUGACUGCCUGAUAGAGCAGACGCACCCCGAGAUCCGGAAACGCGACGAUCAGGAUCUCUGCUACACUGAUAUAUUGUUCACAGAGCAGGAGAGAGGGGUGGGGAUCAAGAGCACCCCAGUGACAAUUGUUCUGCCAGACACCAAAGGAAAAUCUUUCCUCUUCAACAUCAUUGACACUCCAGGUCAUGUGAACUUCUCAGAUGAGGUGACAGCUGGCCUUCGCAUCUCAGAUGGCGUCGUGCUCUUCAUCGACGCGGCCGAGGGGGUGAUGCUGAACACAGAGAGGCUGAUCAAGCAUGCAGUGCAGGAGAGGCUGGCAGUGACUGUGUGCAUCAACAAGAUUGACAGACUCAUCCUGGAGCUCAAACUGCCCCCCACAGAUGCUUACUACAAACUCAGACACAUUGUGGAUGAAGUUAAUGGUCUGAUCAGCAUGUAUUCCACCGAUGAGAACCUCGUGCUGUCUCCCCUUCUGGGGAAUGUGUGCUUCUCCAGCUCUCAGUACAGCAUCUGCUUCACACUGGGGUCUUUUGCAAAGAUUUAUGCAGACACAUAUGGAGACAUCAAUUACCAAGAGUUUGCCAAGAGGCUUUGGGGCGACAUCUACUUCAACCCAAAAACGCGCAAAUUCACCAAGAAGGCCCCGACGAGCAGCUCCCAGCGCAGCUUCGUGGAGUUCAUUCUGGAGCCCCUGUACAAGAUCUUGGCUCAGGUGGUGGGGGAUGUGGACACAACCCUGCCCAGGACUCUGGAUGAGCUUGGCAUCCACCUGACCAAGGAGGAGCUGAAACUGAACAUCCGGCCCCUCCUGCGGCUCGUCUGCAAGAAGUUCUUUGGGGAGUUCACAGGUUUUGUGGACAUGUGUGUGCAGCACAUUCCCUCCCCAAAAGUGGGAGCCAAGACCAAAAUUGAGCACACCUACACCGGCGGCGUUGACUCCGACCUGGGCGAGGCCAUGAGCGAGUGUGACCCUGAUGGUCCCUUGAUGUGUCACACCACCAAGAUGUACAGCACUGAUGAUGGUGUGCAGUUCCACGCCUUUGGCAGGGUGCUCAGUGGCACCAUCCAUGCUGGGCAGCCUGUGAAGGUCCUUGGGGAGAACUACACCCUGGAGGAUGAGGAGGAUUCCCAGAUUUGCACCGUUGGACGCCUCUGGAUCUCAGUUGCAAGGUAUCACAUUGAGGUGAACAGAGUUCCUGCUGGCAACUGGGUGCUGAUUGAGGGCGUGGACCAGCCCAUAGUGAAGACAGCAACUGUGACAGAGCCUCGGGGCAAUGAGGAGGCUCAGAUCUUUCGUCCCUUGAAGUUCAACACCACAUCUGUGAUCAAAAUAGCUGUGGAGCCAGUGAACCCCUCAGAGCUGCCCAAAAUGUUGGAUGGUCUUCGUAAAGUCAACAAGAGCUACCCCUCACUUACAACCAAGGUGGAAGAAUCUGGGGAGCAUGUGAUCCUGGGAACAGGAGAGCUGUACCUGGACUGUGUGAUGCACGACCUGAGGAAGAUGUACUCUGAGAUUGACAUCAAGGUGGCUGAUCCAGUGGUGACAUUCUGUGAGACAGUGGUGGAAACAUCCUCCCUGAAGUGCUUUGCUGAGACACCCAACAAGAAGAACAAGAUCACAAUGAUUGCUGAGCCCCUGGAGAAGGGACUGGCAGAGGACAUUGAGAAUGAAGUGGUGCAGAUAACAUGGAACAGAAAGAAGCUGGGUGAAUUCUUCCAGACCAAAUACGACUGGGAUUUGCUGGCUGCCCGUUCCAUCUGGGCCUUUGGGCCUGAUGCCACUGGCCCAAACAUCCUGGUGGAUGACACACUGCCCUCAGAGGUGGACAAGUCUCUGCUGGGUUCAGUGAAGGACAGCAUCGUGCAGGGCUUCCAGUGGGGGACCAGGGAAGGGCCUCUCUGUGAUGAAUUGAUCCGCAACGUGAAGUUCAAGAUCCUGGAUGCAGUGAUUGCUCAGGAGCCCUUGCACAGGGGUGGAGGGCAGAUCAUCCCCACGGCCCGCAGGGUGGUGUACUCUGCCUUCCUCAUGGCCACCCCUCGUCUGAUGGAGCCCUACUACUUUGUGGAGGUGCAGGCCCCUGCUGACUGUGUGUCUGCUGUGUACACCGUGCUGGCCCGGCGCAGAGGCCAUGUCACCCAGGAUGCUCCAAUCCCAGGCUCUCCCCUGUACACCAUCAAAGCCUUCAUCCCAGCCAUUGAUUCCUUUGGCUUUGAGACAGACUUGAGGACCCACACACAGGGCCAAGCCUUCUCCCUCUCUGUCUUCCACCACUGGCAGAUCGUGCCUGGGGACCCCUUGGACAAGAGCAUCGUUAUCAGACCACUGGAGCCACAGCCAGCCCCACACCUGGCCAGGGAGUUCAUGAUCAAGACCAGGCGUAGGAAGGGCCUCAGUGAGGAUGUGAGCAUCAGCAAGUUCUUUGAUGACCCCAUGUUGCUGGAGCUGGCCAAGCAGGACGUCGUUCUCAACUACCCCAUGUAACCCUGCUGCCCUGGCAUGGGGGCUGACCCGAGGCCUGGCUGGCACCUGCUGGUCCCUCCCCAUCCCUGCUUGCCCAGCCUGGCUCCUGGAGGCUCAGGGCAGGCAGGGAGCUGCUCCUCAUGGCUGGAGGAGUCUCCAUGGACCAAUUGUGGGCAUUUCCAUACAGGGAGCAGCCCAGAGCAUUUUGUAUUCUUGGUCUCCAGUUGCCUCCAGGGAGGUUUUUUUUCCUUUUGGAUGUGCUCCUGCAGCUCACAGAGCUGAGCAGUGUCAGUGUGGAUUCCUGAGGACUGGGCCUCAGCUGUGUCAAGCAUUUCAGGCAGCUGAGAAAAAGGGGGGGAUGCUGGGGGAGAAAUGUGGCUUUGACCUUUCUGUACCCUUUUUUUUGGAACCCUUUAAAAUGUUUAGUACAAAUUUCCAGGCUGGACUUGGUGUGAUUGUGCCCUGACAUGGCAGUGCUGGGGGAGGCUCUGCUUUCCCAGUGCUUCCAGGAUUUCUCCCACCCUCAGCACUGUACCACUCCCAAGGACUCCCAGCUCUCCCACUCCUGCCUGUGCCAGUGAAUGGACCAGCCACCCCUAUUUUUUCCCUUUCUCCCACAAUCUUGCUGAGUUUUCAGGGAUUUUUCAGCUGCUCAUCCUCUGAGAGGUUUUUGCUGCUCCCUCUCCACUUCCCUGCUCUCUCUCUCUCUGAACUCUGCCCCAGUUCUGUCCCAAGUGUGUGCUGUGAAAGCAGGGCUGAUUUAUGGGGAUGAAUGUCUGCUGGGGACAUUCCUGCCCUCCCUGUCCCCUGCUGCCCCCAGCUUGGGCUGGCCUGGCCCUGCCCUGGUGCUGCUGUGCUAAAUUUGGCCCUGGCAGCCUCGUUCAUCACAGCAGCACCCCUGGGAACGUGUCCCAGAGCAUCCCUGUGCUCAGAGGGGCUUGAGAUGGCCCUGGGACAGCAGGACAACCUGAGGACAAGCUCCUCCCUCCUCCCAAAAUCUGCCAGCUGCUGGUGGAGACUGGGAGGCACUGGGCUGACACAAGCACGGGAUAGGAAACAUCCACGGGCCAGCACAUCCAGCCCUCCCAGCAGGUGCUGGCUUUCUGGAAAAUGCAUGUUUUGGGGGAUAACUCAGGCCAGAGGAGCAUCAAAAGCAGGGAGGGGAGGGAUUUCCUGUCAGCCACAUCAGCAUCACCCCCCAGGCCGUGCUGCUGCCCCACCCCAUGGCCAGCAGGAGGGCUCUGGCCUUAUCAGCAGGCUCAGCUGUUCCAGGGAUGCAAUCCUGCUGUUCCAGGGAUGCAAUCCUGCUUCUCCAGCCCUGUCACCAGGCUCAGCCUUUCCUGCUCUCAGUGCCCCUCACCUCCCACAUCUGCCCUGGCACCGUGGUCUCACCAAUGGCAUGUCCCACCUCUGUCCUGGGGGAAAGUGGGGCUCAAUCUUGACUUGGUGCAAGCAGAAUUCAACCCUGGCAUCCCCAUGGCUGUGACUGUUCACAGGGGUCUGAGGAUGAG